CUGUAAUAGUCAGCGCAUAGAAAAUGACGUCAUUCUUCGUUUCUAUCGCAAUUCUUUUGUUCGGCCAUUAUGUGGCUCAAGUUUCGCCUCAAGUCAUCCUUGAAGUGCCUGGUUAUGGCGUUAUAAACGGAACGAUUGAAACAUCGACUUAUACGGAACGCACUUUUUACGCAUUCCGAAGCGUCUUUUACGCAGAAGAACCCACACCUGAGACCCGCUUUUUGCCACCCAUUCCAAAAGCACCCUAUCCUAUGGACGAGGUUCAGGAUACUACAAGCAAUAACGCAGGAUGUCCUCAGCCAGGAAUUGCCAAUGAAGACUGUCUUUCUCUGAAUGUUUUCACGCCGCAACUGCCCUCAGAGUCCACUACACCCCUUCCUGUUAUGGUUUGGAUCCACGGAGGAGCAUUUUCACUUGGGCAAGCCCUUGAAUACUUGCCUAAUAGAUACAUGGAACACGACAUCGUUCUCGUUGCGAUUCAAUACCGACUCGGCCCACUUGGAUUCCUCUCCUUUGAUACCGAUGAUGUUCCCGGUAAUGCUGGUAUAUUUGAUCAAGUAGAAGCCUUACGCUGGGUCAACAAAUACGUCGAGUACUUUGGAGGUGAUCCGAAUGAAGUUACUAUCGCCGGAGAAAGUGCCGGAAGUGCUAGCGUUUCGCUUCUUCUCUUGGCACCGCAAGCAAGAGGACUAUUCAAGCGCGCUAUUGGCGAAAGUGGGUCUGUUUUGGCCGAAUGGGCACUUGAUCGCGAUGGAAGAGGAAAAGUGGCCUCUGUUAAGAUUGCCGAAAUCGCUGGAUGUCCAGUCGAGCCUUAUCAGGACAUGCUUACAUGCGUCCAAAAUGUAGAUGCCAAAGUACUGACACAGGCUUACAUGGACUACGCGUCGAACGAUAGGUUGAACGGUGGUCUAGGAUUUGGUGGUUCGAAUCCGAUUAUUCAGGUUGCUGGAGCUCAGCGGAUCAUCGAGUCUGAUCCGCGUGAACUGUUCAGUUCCGGAAAUUUUGCAACCGUUCCAACUAUGUUAGGUGCAAACAAACAAGAGGGAACAUUAGUGCUAGGAAUUUUGUACAACGGCUUCUUGGUACCAAAUAAUUUGACUGAAGACGAAGAAUUUUUGGCAAACGACUUGGUUCCAACUCUUCUUACUGCCUUGCAUAUUGAUGAUCCAACUGGAGAAUUGGCUGCUCAGCUAACUGAAAAAUAUUUGGGAACUGCCGAAAUGGGAAAUUUUACAUCCAUGACACCAGGAUUAACGGAUAUGUGCAGCGUACUUUUCUUGAAAGGACCUACUUACGAAAUGUCACAGCUUGUUUCUCAACACAAUCCUAACGCAUUUUACUACUCGUUUGAAUUUGAAGGCAGAAACUCGAUUUUUAAUUAUUUAUUUGCCGUCAAUACCCCUCCUUUCCCACCUGGUGUUAGUCACGCUGACGAGAUGAUCUACCUCUUUAUUUUUCCGUUUCCAUCCGUCCCUCCGGGUCUCAAUAGAACUGAGGAAGAGCUUUCCAAGAAGAUGCUUCAAGUUUGGACAAAUUUUGUUAUUUAUGGUGAUCCAACUCCCGACGGCGUAACUCUUCUGGAUGGCAUUCCGAAAUUUCUGCCAUACAACAGUGUCGAUGAAUUUUACACGGCGAUUGAUGAUGUUUGGAGAAGUGAAGCAGACUACACGUUAACAUACACCGUAACGGUGGAUGAACUCAAUCCUCCUGUCGCAGGACGCAAUGAGGCUUCUAAUAAAAGACGUUCUGGUCGUUUCCAACGUCCCCUCUCGACCAAAAACAAUUACCGUUUUCUUGGCUACUACUGAUAAAAUAAAGCACUAAAAACUGUUGUGAGCUGAAACCUUUCAAAUUCAAUAUGCUUCAAUAAGAUACAAUUUGUGCUGUUUUCUAUCAUUGACAGUGAUGAUAAAUAUACAUGCAUUAAGCAAUC